GGAAGCGAAGCUUUGCCGGAGAUUUAGCAAACACACAAAACAAAACCAACUCAUCGGAGAAGACGAAUGUGAUUAGAGUGAUAUAAAAAAAAAUGAUGAUCGGAGAAUCUCAUCGUGGUUUUAAUCCUACGGUUCAUAUUCCAUCAUGGCCACUGUCUGAAGAUUUAACGGCGUCAGAUAUUUACGGAAGUCCAGACGGAGGAAGUAGUAUGAUGGAAGCUUUGGCUGCGUUACAACGUUAUCUUCCGUCUAACGAACCGGAUCCGGAUUCAGAUCCGGAUCUCUCGGGUCCGGAUUCACCCAUCGAUGCUUAUUCGUGUGAUCAUUUUCGGAUGUAUGAGUUUAAAGUGAGACGUUGCGCUCGUGGUCGGAGUCAUGAUUGGACGGAGUGUCCUUAUGCUCAUCCCGGAGAAAAAGCUCGCCGUCGUGAUCCGAGGAAGUUUCAUUACUCCGGUACGGCGUGUCCUGAGUUUCGCAAAGGUGGUUGCAAGAGAGGAGACGCGUGUGAGUUUUCUCAUGGUGUUUUUGAGUGUUGGCUUCAUCCGGCGCGUUACCGGACUCAGCCGUGUAAAGACGGUGGUAACUGUCGCCGUCGUGUUUGUUUCUUCGCUCAUUCGCCGGAUCAGCUUAGGGUUUUGCCCAGUCAAAGCCCUGAUCGUGUUGAUUCAUUCGACGGUUUGUCUCCGAUUCGUAGAGCGUUUCAGUUUACGAUUUCGCCGUCGUCUAACUCGCCGCCGGUGAGUCCUCGUGGUGACUCGGACUCGUCGCCGUCUUUACUGAGUCGUUCACUCGGGUCUAAUUUGGGAAACGACGUCGUUGCGUCUCUGAGGAAUCUGCAGCUUAGUAAAGUGAAGUCUCUUUCUUCGUCGUACAACAAUGAAAUCGGAGGAUACGGAUCUGGGUUCGGGUCGCCACGGGGAUCGGUUUUGGGUCCUGGUUUUCGGAGCUUACCAACUACACCGACCCGACCCGGAUUUAUGAACAUUUGGGAAAAUGGUUUGGAGGAAGAACCGGCGAUGGAACGGGUCGAGUCGGGUCGUGAACUGCGAGCGCAGCUGUUCCAGAAGCUGAGCAAAGAGAAUUGCAUGGGUCGGGUUGACCCGGAUCCGGGUCAGGGAGCGGGUGAUACUCCUGAUGUCGGGUGGGUCUCUGACUUGGUUAUGUGAUUUUAACCGGAUUCGUAAAUUUAAUUAAAGGAAUAAUUAUCUUCGUGGGAGGUUUUUUUUAUGAAUCUCUUCUCUUAGGAAAAGAGGAGAUUUUCUCGGAAAGUUUUUAUGUAAAUAUUAUUUCCUAAUUUCGUAUAAUCUCUAUUUUAUAAUCGAUGAUUCCAGGGAGAUUUAUUUCUCAGUGUAUAGGAGUUGCUUAGGAUUUUUCAUUAUGAUGGAUUCACUAAUAAUAUUAUUAUAUGAUAUUGUUGGUUUUUGGUUUUGAUAUUAUGAUGUUCGAUGCAAAUCUCAAUGUAAUUAUUAAAUAUCUAAUGAAUGAAAUGAGGAUGUAAAUUAUUUA